AUGAACAGAUUAGAACUGGCAAUUACUCGUACUCUAUUUGUCCUAUUAACAGCUACUCUUGGUUUUCUUGCGAUAUUUUACUUUCCCUGGGUUCAAGAUGAUACUUCUCAAAGCUCACUCUAUUAUCUGAAUGGGAUCAAAUUCAAUUCAACAGCUACCUUUCUAGAUUUCCAAUAUGCAAAGAAUAUGGCCUGUAACUAUUCAGAAUCUUAUCAAGUAAAUCCUCAAUAUUCAGAAAAGAAUAUUGAAUUCGCAAAUUUUUUUGAAAAUCGAAAUCCUGCACUUAAUCCAAUAGCUUAUUGUAAUUCAAUCCAAUUAUUACCUUCUUUUUGUAUAGCUACUGAGAUCAUCAUUAUAAUUUCGCAAAUUACAUUGAUUAUUGUAGUUGUUGUUGCAAGCUCAAGAAUUGUUCAAUCUAUUAAUGAUGCCUCAGUUCUUGUUCAAAGGUUACAUUAUAUUCAAAUAUCUUGUAUAAUAUGUUCUCUUUUACCAACUAUAGCAAUUAUCGUAUUUUCACUGAGAUUUAAGGACUCCUUUAUAUCACUACCAAUUAAGUGGAGAUUUGUUAGUGGUUUCUAUAUCACUCUAUUUACAAUAUUCACACCUCUCUUAAUAGCAGUUACUUAUUGGUAUGAAACCAAAUUGUGGAGUGAUGCAUUUUAUCAAGAUCAAUUACGAUGGAGCAGAGGAGAUGAGCAACAAAGAGUGCAACAAUACAUAGAGCAAAUGCAGUACCCCCGUCAACCUAGUGAUUUUCAGUCAUUAAUGGGAGGACUAAAAACUCCGGCAGAUAUGACUAGGGAAAUGGAUAAAAAGGAAGGAUAUAAAAAUCACAAGCAGCAACUUCAAGGUCCAUUGCUACCGAUGUAG